AUGGCAGGGGACAAGGAUGGAGGUUCCACUCAAAAAUGGGCCAUGUUUAUGGCAGGGCUGACUCUGUUGCAGUCUCUCCGUGUGGCUUUAACCGGAGCAAAGUUUGCACUUGACAGAUUUAAAAUUCCUCAGCAGCAUGCUAGUUCGUUCAUUAACAUGGUCCAUAAUCCUAUGGAGUUGGCAACGUUUACUGGGAUGGGCAUUAUGACUUGUCUGUCAUUUGCAUCAAGCCUUAAGAACUGCUUCAAGUGGUUCGCCAUUGUAACAAAUGUAACACUGUGCUUUUCCUUCAUUCUACUCCUCAUUGCAUUCACAUCAGGAGGAGAACGGGGAAAUCUCACCUUCUACUAUUGGACUAUAGUCUUCGUCUCAUUUAUCUACGGACUUAAUGUAGCGUGUGUGAUGAACGUUGGAAGUGAUAAUGCCUCCUUUUUCAAUAUGGGAAUUCCUCUUUCUGGUAUUCAGGUUUCUGCCUACUACUAUAUCUUUACGAAGCUCGCUGAGAGAUUUAAUUGGUCAGACGUUAGUUACUGGAUCAUAUUUUGGCAGCUUAUCGUUGCAAUAUUGAUAUCGGCUGCUUCUGCCAUAUUAUGGGCAGUUGCCUAUAAGGAUGGUGGUAGUUGUAAUGGAGCUCCUGGUCAAUAUACUGGUUUCGCUGGUCUGUCUCCAAUUUUUAUGGGAAUGGUUGGAAUGGGUGGUAUAUAUGCCUUCUAUCCUGCUAUUGCUCCUUACAAGUUGACAGAUGUUGGUACUGGUUACAAUAUUGAUCUUGUUGUUUUAUUCGUUAGCGCUGUUCCUGGUAUUCUAAUUGCAGCUUUGUGCAAAGGUAAAAGUGGUCCAGGUCCAGACCAACCAUGGGAAAAUGGGCAUAAGUUGUGGCAUCUUGCUUGGGUUCUGGCCAUUCCACAUCUUACUGCAAUGAUCUUGUGCCUUGUUACACUUCAUUACCCUGAUAGUGGAGUGGCACGUUCCAUUAAGAGCAGCGGUUUAAAGGUUGGAGCUAUUACUGUCACGCUGAAGUUUUGUGAGGAGGGACUUAAAGCAGUUUCUUACGCCGGAGCUAGCAAACAAGUGAAUGAGUGUGCUGAAGGUACUAUUUCGGCCGUUAAUGCCUUUUUAUCCCAAGGUUUAAUGAUAGUCUUGGCCUUUACUGGAGACGGUUACCUAAAGACUUACUCUAAACAUGAACAUGAUCGGAGUAAAUGGCCUACUAGAGACUUUGGGUUCUGGAGGUCCAUCUCUUACUGGGUAGAUAAUGGAGCAUAUGUGGCCUGUAAGAGUGUCAAGUCCUCUUUUACAAAGAAUGUUAGAUGUAAGGUUUUAGGGAAGUCUGAGGCUUUGCUCAUUGUCUAUGCAGAUCAGGAAUUUUAG